GCUUAUCCCUCUUUGUCCGGUAGCGAAAGAAGGCCAUGAUAAUUAUGGCAAAAUUUGCGUUUUUGAAUGAAUUAUAGUUGAAUGAUGGAUCAACAAGCAUACACCGUUUGAGGACUGGUUUUCUGGCAAUGACACACCAGAGAGUUUGAAUUUACAGGACAGCAGAGCAAGCAACGGAGAAAGAAAGGCCAUAGUAGCUAAUGGCUGCCGAAUCGGGGAGACUACUGGCGGGACAAGGAAAGCGAAAAGCUUCCCAGAUGAAGAGCCCGGAGAAGAAGAAGGCACGGAAAUCCACAACUCAGGCGGCGGGGUUCUCUCACCUCACUGAGUUUGCACCGCCUCCUACUCCUAUGGUGGACCAUCUGGUCGCGUCCAACCCGUUUGACGAUGACUUUGGGCCUCCAUCCAGACCAACUGGUGCAGGUGGACCAGGCGGUGCUCCCUUUAUCCCCAGUCCAGGUGCCGGUGGAGGAGGUGGGUAUGGAGGUGGAGGAAGAAUGGGUGCUGGCAUGACCUUCAUGGGAAGCCCAGGAGGACCAGGAGGUGGUCAACCAGGGCGCAGGCCCCCCUUUGGCCCUUCAUCUAAUGCUGGACCCCACCACCAGCUAGGCUUUGGAGGAAUGCCUGGCUUUGGAGGAGGAGGAGGUGGUGGCGGUAGUGGGGGUGGUAGUGGAGGAGGUGGAUUCCCUCCUGGUGGCCCCUCUCAGUUUAAUAUACCACCAAACUUUAGUCCACCCAUGCAUCCUGGACCAGGUUUCAAUUCCAUGUUGUCUUCAGGGGUUAUGGGAGGUCCUGGAGGAGGAGGGCCACCUCACCCUCGUUUUGGCAUGCCUCCACAGCAGCAGCACGGACAGGGUGGGCACCCAUUCAAUAGCCCUCCAUUACCUGGGGGCGGAGGCCCACGAGGGCCCUUGCCUCCCAUGGGAGGAGGCAUGGGUCCUGGGAUGAACAUGAUGGGUGGAAUGGGUGGUGGGCCUGGUGGCAAUAUGGUUGGAGGAGGUAUGCCAGGUAUGCCUCCUCAAGGACAGUUCCCUCCCUCACAAGAUGGCCCCUACCCUGGCCCGAGUCCACCAGGGCCAGGUAAUGAGGAUGGAAAGGGUUUUGGAGGAGGAGGGGGGCCACCUGGACCUCCACAACAGCAGCAGCAGCUUAAUCUAAAUCCCAAUGGUCCUCCCAAUAACAACAAUACACCUGGCCCCCCUCCUAACUCAGGGCCACCACAACAAGGGGGAGGCUUCCCUGGCCAUAUUGAUGUUCAGCCACCCAGCACCAAUACACCAGGUCAGCCUCCAUCAGCACCACCACAGCCUAACCCCAACGCUUCUCCUACCGGUCCUCUGAAUGGAUCGGGUCAACCCCAGCAUCCACAGUCCAGUCAGCUGCAGCCCCCCAGCAAUGCAAACACCCCCAACUCUAACAGUUCUAACCAGCAGCAGCAACAAUCAACUCCUCCAAACUCUGCUCCCGGCUCGACCUCUUACAACCAACAGAACAACACUCCCGGUUCUGCCGGUCCCCUGUCGAACGCCUCCAACUCAUGUCAGAACAACAUAACCAACAACAACGGAGGCAACACUCCCGGCAGCAACCCCAACCCCCCGUCUAACUCCACCUCGACACCGAACACUCAGUCUCCCCUGCCGCCGGGCCCCGCCGCCCCCACAACUGGCCCUGGUUCUGGUCCUGGAAAACUCGGCGGUCCUGGGAUGGUCUUCCCUUGCGGGCUGUGUAUGGCAGAAGUGCACGACGACCAGGACGCCAUCCUUUGCGAAGCCUCCUGCCAACGCUGGUUCCAUCGUGACUGUACGGGCCUUACAGAACCAGCCUAUGGACUGCUGACUCGAGAGAGCGCUGCCGUCUGGGCAUGCGACUUCUGCAUCAAGAACAAGGACAUUCAGGCUGUGUUUGUGCGCCAGGGACUAGGCCAGCUGGUGGCAGCUAAUGAGAGCUGAGGAGUGGAAGAGACGGAGCAGAAAGGAGGUGAACGACCUGCGUGUGCCACGUCGGCUUCUUGCCCAACCUCGUCUUGGCCAGCCUUUUACUUGUUCACUACACAAAGCAACACUCAUCAACUUUCAUGCUUAUUACAUAGCACUUUGGGUGAGUCUAGGCAAAUUAUUGUUGUCCCCCUUCUCCCCCAUUGGAGUCAAAUUAUGAUGAAUGUUAUCGACACAGUCCUCCAGAUAUCUGCCUGCCAACCAGCAAAGCACUGACACCAACACACUACCUCAGUUUGUGACUGACUGGCACAGAAGCUCCCGCACUGACUUAUUGACUCACCACACGCUUAAAUUACACUAUUACCAACAUAAAUUCAUACAAAGUGGGGAAACCUUAAAACUCAACUUUUUAACUGAUAAGAGAUUUAAAAAAAUUACUUUAAAGGGAAAAAAGAAAGCUAAAAUAUAUGAAAUUGUUAUCGAUUCACAGCCUUUUUUUUU